AUGAGUCGCGAGCCCGUGCCCUCGUCUUUUGACGAUAACUUCCAAUUCACAGAAGAAACCGGCGUCCAGAAAUUCACCCGCCGUCUCAAAGAAGAACCUCUUGUCCCAUUAGGAUGUGCGGCAACAUGCUACGCCCUCUACCGUGCCUACCGCUCCAUGAAAUCUGGCGAUUCAGUCGAAAUGAACCGCAUGUUCCGCGCCCGUAUUUACGCGCAAGCCUUCACACUAGUCGCCCUCGUCGCCGGAGGAAUGUACUUCAAAUCAGAGCGCCAGCAGCGUCGAGAAUUCGAAAAGGCUGUGGAAGACCGCAAGAAGCAAGAGAAGCGUGAUGCCUGGUUACACGAGCUGGAGGUUCGUGAUAAGGAGGAUCGCGCGUGGAGGGAGCGUCAUGCUGCUAUUGAAGCUGCGGCUAAGGAAGCUGGUAAGCACGUGUCGCGUGAUGGGCCUGAUGCGGCGCGGUCGGCGAUUGAGCCUGCGGAUCAGAAGUCUGUUGGUGUGCUGGAUGCUGUCCGGGCUCUUGUUGGGAAAUGA